UUCGUAUGAUUUCUGCUUAGGGGGCGCAAUACGUGCCAUGUGUCACGUCCUCAUUGGUACACGAAGGCACGGUAAUUUUGCCCACAACAUUUGCCCCUCAAGAAGGGCAUUUCUGGAAACACAUUCCGGAGCUUUCAUAGGCGAUUUCCGGCGUGUUCCUACCACCAUCAGGCGAUUUCCGGCCACCACGAGACUCAUCCUUUUCCUCGUCACACUCAUCCUGUUCUUCGUGAAGUUCAUCCCGUUCUUCGCGAUACUCAUCCUGUUCUUCACCAAGUACUUCGCAGAUCUUUCAAGAGGAAGGAAUGAGCAAGCUAUCGGCGGCGGAUAUUGGGAAGGGCGAUAUGACCGAUUGGAUGGCGGACAUCUAUGAGGCCAAGAUGCAGAAAGCCAAGGCCGAGUUGGAGGAGAAGGUGAGUAUUCUCUUAGGUUGUCGUUUUUUUUUUUUUUGCAAGUUAAACUUCUCCCGUCCAGCGUCUACAGUGGACGUCUUUUUAGUGACGAGCCGAUAUCCUGAUAUCUGACCCGUGUUUGCUAAGGUAGGCCUCGUCACUUUUUAUUGACGGGCCCCUUAGUUAGUGUUUUUUCAAGUGACUCGUGAUUGAUAGGGUACGCCUCGUCAUUUUUGGGACGGGCGUCCUUUUUAAUGACGAGCCACUUUUCUGCGAUUGACUUGCACUUGAUAAGGUACGCCUCGUCAUUUUUAAGACGGGCGUCCUUUUUAAU